AUGGCGCAGCCCCGCGUCCUGCCGCAGAGCAAGGAGACCCUGCUGCAGUCCUACAACAAGCGCCUCAAGGACGAUGUCAAGUCCAUCAUGGACAACUUCACCGAGAUCAUCAAGACGGCUAAGAUCGAGGAUGAAACUCAAGUCUCUCGAGCAACCCAGGGUGAGCAAGAUAACUACGAGAUGCAUGUCAGAGCUGCAAAUAUUGUCCGAGCUGGUGAGUCCCUGAUGAAACUCGUGUCUGACCUGAAGCAGUUCUUGAUCCUCAAUGAUUUCCCCUCUGUGAACGAGGCCAUCAACCAGCGCAACCAGCAGCUGAGGAGCCUGCAGGAGGAGUGUGACAAGAAGCUGAUUGCACUGCGGGAUGAGAUCUCCAUUGACCUGUACGAGCUAGAAGAAGAAUAUUACUCUUCCAGGUACAAAUAGGGCAGUGGACUCUGCCUUACAACUCCAGGCCUUUUUGGGGUAGUUAGUCCAGACCAUCAAACAGCCCUUAGAGUAUUGCUGUUGAGAAUGUUCCCAAAAAUUUUCAGUCCUACUUUUAAUUAGGUCAAAAGCUUUUUCUGCAACUAAAGCAACUGCCUUUUCCUUGUAGAUACUCUACAGGGUAAAAAUGUCCUGGUGAAGGAGGUGUUCACAGCAUCCCAGGUUUGAUAGGUAGUUUCCUUAGGCUUCUUGUUGUAAUCAUUAGAAAAGAAGGUGAAUUUCCUUGGGGGAAACCCCUCUGAAGGAGCCUCUGGCUCUCUUGUUACAGAGACCAGCUUGCUAAGCUGGGUCCUGAUGUCACCUCACCUUUGUGGUGACUCCUUUCACAAGUGACCUGGUCACACUUUGUGCCUUUUCCUUCACAGCCCACUGCCCCCAACUGCCUCCAGUCCUGCUGGGGUCAACAUUUGCAAGGACUUGCUGAGUUUCAUUAAUUAUGAAGUAUUGUGAUAGGAUUUUCUAAGGAAUGACUUAUUACUGAUUUGUUUGUGGGAUUUUUAAUGUUUUUUAAGCCUCUUAUUUAGCAAAUAGACUUUAGAGAAUUCAGACACUUUAUUUUUUAUUUUUUUUUGUCAUGCACUCCAGCACUUCUAGUUAAUGAUGCAGUAAAUGAAAGCAGAAGAAAACAAAUGUAAACCUGGUUAUUUUGGUUGCACUUUCCAAGCUAAGUGAAGUCAGUGCAAUAAUUCUAGGAUUUUUAAACACACACUUAACUUUCAAAGAUCUUACUUAAAAUUUUACUGAUCAGGUUUUCUAUGUUUGGCUUUUCCUUUUUUUCUAAGAAUGCUGAAUGCCUAUAACCCCAGCUAAGUCAACUAAAUUUUUCAAUAUCUUUGAAAGUAAGGCCAUUGUUUAUGAGUAAUAUAUGUAUUUUAAGAGUAAGAAGAUAAUAAUAUUACACAGCUUAGAGGUAAAGAUUUAGAGCUGUUUUUCAAACUUUAUUCAGUUUUUUGAGGAAGUUGUGGUGAUCACAAACCCAAUCACCUGUGCAGGUGCUGAUAGGUCCAAGACAGCAGUGAGCUUAUCCAAAGGGAUGUGGUGUGGGAUGAGAGUGCCCCACAUGUGCCAGGUGUGCUUCCCUCACCCUGUCCCCAGGCUGCCACCACUGUGUGCUGCUCACUCUCCCUUUUGGGCUGAGGGGUUCUGACCAUGCUGGCAUGGUCUGGUCACCUGCCUGGCCCCAGGUGCCACAUAAAGCAACCCUUGCUGACAGAACUAACAUGGGAGCACAAGUGUUGGUGUACAUCAGAUGGAUUUGCCUUCCUGCUCUUUCUUAUGGGUCAUGAGGUGAGGAAACCUGGCAAGUCUGCUGAGCUGUGAUCUGACACUUUGUUAUCAUGUAGCACUUGGUCAUUUGCUUCUAGCACUUCUCCCUUCAUGUGCUCUUUCCUGUCUUUUUCUGCACCAAAGAAAUGUGUCUGUGUAAAUACAGAAACAGUGUUUUAUUGAAAGUCCUUUUAUAAUUAGAAUAUGACAAUAUUUUUAAUGAAAUAUUACUGUCUAACGUGGGGGAAAGGGUUUCUGUUAUGUCAUAGCCAUGUUUCAGUGGCUGCCAACACAACAGCCUGUUUGUCCCCACAGGGGAGUUCCUUGCUCCUUGGGAAUGCCCCUUCAGUUGCAGGGUCAGGUGUUUGCCAGGCUUUUUAUGUGCACAUGGGGCUUUUGAUGAGACCCAAAAGCAGGUCCUUGAAACUAAAUCCAAGAAGAUUGUCCUGAGGGAACCUUUCCUUUCCUGCCCUUUGAUCAAGUAGUUUUCUAGAGCUGUCCCUGUGCACUCAGACUGGCUGGGUGCCUCAGGGGAGUAGUGAAGUCCCUUCCAUGCCUUGAGCAGCCCCCCCAGGACAGAGCAGCAGGCUGGCCAGUGCUCCUGGGCUGUGCAGAGCUGCUCACUGACCCUGACUUGAGGAGUGUUAGCUGAGAGGUGGAACCUAGACUCUGGAACUGUUCUAACUGGGGCAGCAGGAGAAGCAGUCAUGCUUCUGACACAGCUGAGAUGUGGUUAGCAACCCCCUGCCACCAUGUGUGGAUGCUGUGGUCAGGUUCUCCUGGGAAAUCGUGGCCUGAGGUCUGUGACAGAACAGGAGUUGUAGUUCUGGUUCAGUCCUGAUGGUCUUUGCUAACUGAACCCAGCUAUACUCUGUUGGGGGCUGAUCUUCCAAGGGAUUUUACACAAGCCCCAGAUAUAAAACCUGUAUCCACUGCCUUCUCACUUCUGCAAAGCCAGCUGGGUGAUGCUGCCAGAAAAGAGCUCAGCUUGCACCUAGUGCUUUGUGUGCUUGUUCCCCAAAGUGGUAACUGCAAGUCCAGCUUGCCUUCUCUCAUCCUAACCCCCAGACCUGCAUUUGUGUUCCAUUGCUCCCUCCUCUGAGAUCACAGGAGCUGUCUUGAGUGUGGGGUUAAAUCUCACAUAUUCCAUGUUUGUGCAAUAUGAACUGUCUCAUAUUUCUAUACUUAAAAUAUUUCCCUAAGCAUCAGUCCAUACAUUACAAAUGUAAAUAAAGCUGCAACAACAAAAUCA